GUGAAUAUUGGAAAUCUACGUACGCUGAUGAUUAUAGGAACAUAUGAUGCAAGCUUUGCUGAGUUUCUAAAAGAUAUAUUUAGGGAAAUAAAACAUCUUCGUAUUCUUCGGCUUUUUGCAGAAUCCUGGGAACAUUUGCCACAUAACUUUUCAAAACUGGUCCACCUUCGUUACCUAAAAAUUAAAUCAUAUGGUUGUUCAAUGUCCUUACUUGAUCCAAUAUGUAGAUUUUAUCAUUUACAAUGCUUGGAUCUAAAAGAGUGCAAUGGAAUUUCUGAUCUACCUAGGAAAGGCUUGAAUCAGCUUGUGAAUUUACGUCAUUUUCUUGCCAAUAAAGAACUACACUCCAAAAUUGCUGAUGUUGGGCAACUCAAGUUUUUACAAGAGCUAAGAAGAUUCGAAGUUAAAGAAAGUGAAAAUUUCAGACUGCGGCAGUUGGGGAAGUUGAGUGAGUUUGGUGGAUCGCUCAGCGUGUAUAACCUGGAAAAAGUGAGAACAAUGGAAGAGGGUGAGGAAGCAGAGCUGAGAUUUAAGAGGCAUCUGAGAAAAUUGAAACUAGUUUGGGAUAAACAACGAGCUAUUAAAGACCCAAUCUUAGAAAAAGGCGUUCUGGAAGGUCUUGAACCACAUUACAACCUCAGAGAGCUUCAUAUUAAAAAUCAUGCAGGUGGAGAACAUCCUAGAUGGCUGUGUGACAAUUCCUUCAACAUGCUGGAUACUAUCAUUCUGCAAGAUGUGGCAUGGAGCACUCUUCUACCUUUCAUCAAUAUACCAAAUCUUAAGAAACUGAAGUUGGAGAGCAUGCACAAUCUAGAAAGUUGGGACAGGGUAUAUAGAGGCUCUCGAUUUGACAACCUUGAAGAGCUAAUUAUUUCAGAUUGUACCAAACUUACUGCUCUGCCUUUAUCAAAGUUGAAAUCUCUCAAAUAUCUAGAAAUAAAGAACUGCGAGGAACUAAGAAUAGAUUAGUCUGAUAUUGGUAAAGGAGCAGUCUUCAGAAAUUGGAGGUCUACAACUGUGGCAAGUCCACUGGCCAACACUCAACGGAAGAUCUAAUAUAAGGUUGACGAAUCUUCCUGUCCGAUUGGAAGUACUGGAGGUAGAUAGCAUAUCUGGGGUACUUAUUUCUUCCAUCUGGCAACACCCUUCAGCUACUCUGACCACACUAUGCUUCCAGUCUGACAAUCAGGUAUAAUGCUUCUCUGAAGAGCAAGAGAAGACACUUCAGCUCCUCACCGCCCUCCAAGAGCUACGGUUUCAGUGCUGCAACCUGCAGUCCCUACCAGCUGGAUUGCGAAAGAACCAUUCACUCAGGAGCUUGGUAAUCUGUUCUUGCCCAGCUAUCCAGUCACUGCCGGAUGAAGAGAAGCUUCGCAGUUCACUACUGCGCCUAGAUGUUCAUUCUGGCUGCAAUGAGCUACGGCAGUGCAAGAAUUACAAGGAAAAACUAGAAUAAUUCAAGGCCCCUCCUGAAUGCUGCAAAAUCUUGAAGGUCUGUAGAAUUCAGGCUUCAGAGUGUUUCUGUGCACCCUGGACUACAUAUUCCACACCAUUAUCUAUUCAAAUGCUGACAUCCUGUAAAGAAGCGGCUUUGGUAUCAUAUGUAUCCUGAACAAGUCCUCAUAAUGUUGCACCAGAAACUGAAGAGACGCCAUUUUACUAGUUAUUGGCUUGUGAAAUUGUAGCUUUGAUUAUGAACUUGUCCCUGUUCUGUUUGUGUGUUGGCACUGUGGUUGUGCAUUUGUGGUGUGUCGUCUGUCAUGUACUCCAGCAGUGCUGUGAACUUGUCAUUUGAAUUUGUGGUCCAAAUGUUGAGCUUGGAAUGCAACUAAUAUGAUUAUAUAAUUGUGUUAUAUUAACA